GGGAGGGGAGGAGCAGUUGAAAAGUGUUUUGGUGCAUUGUGAAAUGUCCGGCUGUUUGUGUGUAGCGUGUAAAGUGGUGGUCAAGGGUGUCUCGCAGUUUCUUUUUUUGGAAGUCCUCGGCACGUUGUGCGUUUCCAGUGAAGGGUCAUAGCGACCGGUGCACGUCCACAUCGCUUGACGGAGGUAGAGUCUGCGUCCAGUGCAGCUGAAAACCUGAGUUCAGCUUGGUUUAAAGUACCACGAGCGUGCCCCAGUACUAUUCUUUUUUAAAGUGAGCUUUUUGACUUCAGUGUCGCUUACAUUACAAUACACUCCACCACGGAUGGACCCGGCAUGCGAAAAGGAACAGGAAAAACUGCUCUGGGAUUUCUGAGUAUUAUGCUACUUCGUCGAAACUUUUUUUCGUAAACCAUUUCUGAGAUAACGCUUUUUUUUAUGCGUCACUACUGUAUGAUAUUCGUUCAUUGAAGCCUGACUGGGCCGCGAGGAUCUGAAAUAAUACAGGAUGCUUACAACUACUGAUGUCAAGCUCGCAGAUUGUUCCAAAUAUUGCUGUGCAACGUGGAUAUCUUUUAUGUGCAAAAUUCUUACUUGAAGAUUGAAAUCAUCAUGGCUUUGGCUGGAUGUCCAGACUCCUUUCUACACCAUCCUUAUUAUCAGGACGAUGUAGAUCGGACAUCAUGCAGAACUAGGGAAGCAAGUUUCCAAGCUUCAUGCAGCCAUAAUUCAUCCAACAAUCAAGAUGAUGAUGUAGACCUGGAGGCUUUGGUGAAUGAUAUGAACUCUUCAUUUGAUAGUUUGUAUUCUGUAUGUUGCAAUCAGUCGGAAACAGCUCCACUUAUUCAAAAUGGUCAUCCUGCUUGUAAUCAACGGACAAGUUCAAGGACAAAUUCACCACAGCCAACAUCACCAAGGCAGAAGCUGCAACGUUCUCAGCCGAUGCACAUUUUGGCAGUUAGAAGACUCCAGAAGGAAGAUCAGUUCCGUACAUCAUCGUUGCCUGCCAUCCCAAAUCCAUUUCCAGAAUUGUGUAGCCCUGCUAGUUCUCCAGUGUUGACUCCUAGUUCCAUGCCACAGAAUCCACCUACCCAUAAUCAUGUUAUUAAAGUUUUUAGUGAAGAUGGAACAAGCAAAGCAAUUGAACUUCCAUCUGAUUUGACUGCCAGAGACGUCUGCCAGCUGCUGAUAUAUCAAUGCCAUUGUGUUGAUGACAAUAGCUGGACUUUAGUUGAACAUCACCCACAUCUAGGUCUAGAAAGAUGUUUGGAGGAUCAUGAACUUGUAUUGCACGUACAAUCCACAUGGACAUUGGGAAAUGAAAGCAGACUUUUAUUCAGAAAAAACUUCGCCAAAUAUGAAUUUUUUAAGCAUCCAGUGAGCUUCUUUCCAGAGCAGAUGGUAUCCUGUUGCCAGGAAUUAAAUGGAAGUAAUCCACACUCGCAGCUCAUGCAGAAUUUCUUGAACUCUAGCAGUUGUCCAGAAAUUCAAGGAUCCUUGCAUGUGAAGGAAUUGGGGAAAAAGUCUUGGAAGAAGCUGUGUGUUUUUUUACGAAGAUCAGGGCUUUACUUCUCCUCAAAAGGAGCUUCAAAAGAACCAAGACAUCUGCAGCUGUUGGCUGACAUUGAAGAUAAUAAUAUAUUUUUGUUAAAAGCUGGAAAGAAAACAUACAGUGCACCAACUGACUAUGGUUUCUGUAUAAAGCCCAUAAAAAUGAAAAAUGAAGCAAAAGACCUUCGAUUGUUUUGUGCAGAAGAUGAACCGAGUAGGACAUGUUGGGUGACAGCCUUCCGACUCUUCAAGUAUGGGAUUAUUUUAUACCAGAACUUCCGGAUACCUCAACAGAGGAAAACACUGCUAUCCCACUUCUCCACACCAGCGAGAAGCAUAUCGGAAAAUUCUUUGGUAGCAAUGGACUUCUCUGGUCAGACAGGUCGAGUUAUUGAAGAUCCUGCUGAGGCCCAAAGUGCAGCAAUGGAAGAAGGUCAAACGUGGAGGAAACGUGGUCAGCGGAUGAACACGUUGGGUAGCUCAAGUCCUUUACACCCUUCUACGCUCAGUCACACUAUUCACAGGACACAACCAUGGUUUCAAGGACGGAUUACUCGAAAAGAAGCUCAUAGUAUGAUUGAAAAGCAGGGCCCUGUGGACGGGUUAUUUCUUUUGAGAGAUAGUCAGAGUAACCCAAAGACAUUUGUGCUAACAUUGUACUGUCAGCUGAAGAUCAGACAUUUCCAAAUAUUACCGUGUGAGGAAAAUGGACAGCAUGUCUUCAGUCUUGAUGAUGGAAAUACCAGAUUUACUGAUCUUAUUCAACUUGUUGAAUUUUAUCAACUGAACCGAGGGAUUCUUCCUUGUAAGCUAAAGCAUUACUGUGCCCAGAUUUCUUUAUGAAAGUUGAUUUGAAUAAACUAUGAUAGGAAAUGCUACCUUUAUCUCUGCAUCGACUUUGGGAUUUUUUGGAGAAAAUAACUAUAUUUCAACAAAACUGUGAAAUCAAGUAAAACCGUAAAUCGAAGACUAAAUUGAGGCCGCACCUAUUCACAAAAUCGUGGUAAAAAUGCAGAAGAUGGUGUGAGUGGCUGAGAGUAUUUUUAAAUUUCAUCAGUCACUUUGUGUACAUUCUGAUAAUGAUAUUCAAGAUGAACUACAUAAACUAUAUAUUAUUACAAAAAAAAAAACAUGACUAUUGCACCUGCUCUGGGGUAAUCUUGAUACUGUAUUUGAAUUGAAGAAAAUGAAUUUAUAUUCUAAUAUGGGCUGGCAAUUUGCCCAUUCAAUUUUUUUUAAUGGCAUUGCUAAAGAGACACGAUUGCCUGCAGCACUUACUAUUUCUUUUGCUUCUUGAAUGCAACCUAUUAUGAAUAAUGUUCAGAUGUAGGCAUCUUCAAAAAAAUGAAGAGUUCUGUAACUGCUACUUUUGGCAGGUUGACAGAGCCAUUUACAAUAUCCCCAAGUACAUCAUGGGACAUACACUGUCCAAGUAAAUAAUAGGUCAAGCAAAAAUUUUCAUCCAGCACAUUUUACUGCCGUGAAUUAAAUUCUUCAAAUCAACAUGAAACUAUGGUGGAUUAAAGUAAAUUCAGUUUAAUGUACCCUGUGAAGUUUAUUGAAAAGCUGGCAAGUAUAAAAUAAAAGCAGGCACUACGGAGAUGACCUUUGGAUACAGACAGUAAACUAGCAAUUGCCGAUUGAUCUCUUAUGCAAUGAUUUCAGUGGGGAAAAAAGCUAGAUAUGGCAUAUACUGGCUGUUCAAUUGGCAAAUGUCAGUUUACUACUUGUAGGCAAAAUGGAAACUGUUCCUAACACUUCUGGACUAGAAAUCCAGGCAAAUAUUAUAUUGCAUUACUAUGUGGAUUUUGUCUUUUGAGAAUUUGCUGCACUACACCAAAUUGCAUUUCUUUUCUGCUAAGGUUUGACCCGUUGUUAAAUCACCAAGUGGUAUUUGUUUAAUUGUGAUGUCUACAAAAGUGUUAAAUUGUCCAGCCUUGGAAAUUAAGGUAAUUUGCAUUGUGCAGGUUAAGGCCCUUGAGUUAUCAGAUCACCUAUAUUAAACUCUUAUUUCAAUUACCAAAAGCACUAUAAUUGUUUUCAAAUACACUGAAUCCAUUUUUAAAAAGUAAUGUUAGGAUACAAGAUGAAUUACUUAAUUUCAGAUGACACAGCAGUGUAAAACUACCAAAUUGUUUUCAAAAUGCAAUUCUAAAUAAAUAGCUAUUUAGACAGCCCUAGUUUGAAAGAAUGUGUAGAAUACUACUUUUUACGGAUUACAUUUUUGGCAUAUAAUUGUUUGAUUUUCUUACAAAUUCCAUCAACUUGCUUGCGAAAAGAUUUUUAGUUUAAGUGCGUUGUUUAUUUUCAUUUUACUACAAGUAAAUUUUCUUUUUUGUCAUAAAGUGCCCCUUCAAAUAAUGGUCGCCUAAUGUACUCCCAUACUAUAUACACAUGCGCUUUUGUAAUAAUUUGCAUAAACUAAUCUACACAGUAAAUGUUGGUGUGAAGGCAUUUCAAUUUUACAAAAUAUCAUUGAAUCCAUAAAAUAUAUUCUGAAUUUUUUUUGAAUAAUUUUGAGAACAGGAUUCUUGCAUAUUAUCUGUAAACACCAAGCCAGAAUUUUUUAAUCGGUAUUGCAUCUUUUUUGCAUAUUUAUGAUUGUAAAUUAUAUUUAAAUUUAGAGAAGCAAAAGGUGUGUAGGAGCCCUUAUGAUAAUGUGAUGGUUAAUAAUUUUGAACAUUCAAUAGUUAUGCAUCAUUUAGUUUUAUCCAUUAGUUCAGCAGGUAAUAUGCAUAUACUACUAAUUAUAUUCUUAUUAUCAGCUUGACUGAGCUCUUCUACUGAAAUUCUGACAGGGUUUCAAUCUGACUGGCCCAACAAUCUGGCUGGCUAUCAAUAAAAAGCCAAUGACUGAUAUUUUAUUUUUGUAUUUGUGAUAUGAAUGUACAGUAAAAGGGGACUCUCAGGGUUGAUGAAGCCUGGUGAUUUUUUUUUUCUUAGUUUGUGAAGAAAAAAAAUCACAAUAUAUCGUAUUGUAUCUGGUCGAGAAGAAUAUACCAAAUAUGUUUGGUUAUUAACAUACACAAUAUAUUUGUCCACAUUUAACAGCAAACUAAUUUACCCAUCAAAAUGAAAAUAGGUAAUGUGCUUCAGUUUGAAUGGGUCUGUUCCUCAAUAAGUUUCUGCAUGAAGAUAUAAUCAAUCAUUUGACCAAUCAAAGCACCUUUUCCAUUGAUGGGAUUUGCUUAAGUUUAACAUAAUGCAAAACUGAUGACUAGGAAAUGGAAUGCAGCAAACCUUUUUUUUCAGGGAAUGCUUGAAGGUAUUAACUUUUUUAAAUGGAAAUCUGUAUUCAUAAUAUGCUUGGUGUAAAUAGCUAUAAGGCUUGUGAACUUAACUGUAACUGUCCAGGUAUUUUUGUAUAAAUAAGGGACUGAUAUAUUCUGUUUAUUGUAAUUAGAAAUAAACAUUAAUGCAAACUUGCUCAUUUGCAACUACUUAA